AUGGAAGGAUCUCCGUCUCGCGUUCCCAUUUCUCUCCGCAGGUUUCAUCUAGACAGCGGCACCUAUCGUGCCGUGCUCCGGUUGCUCGCCCACUGCGUCCAAGCACAACCCCACGCACCUCUUGCUUCUCCUCGCCUCUCUCCGUCGCGUGCCGCCCAUGGAGGGACCGUGGCACCCCCCGGAGAGCGAGAGUGCUUGGGCUCCGCUGAAGGUGCCACCGUCUUGGACGCGUCUCCUGGAGAGGGCAAUCGCGGGGCGGAGGACGCGAGGGAGAACAAUGGGCGAGAAGGCCACCAGGAGAGCGGAGUUCUUGAUCUUCAGGAAGAUAGGGCCCGAGAGUUUCACUCGGUUGCAGGAUCAGUGAUUCGAGAAAGGUCAGACGACCUCGUGGGCAGGGGCCCUGCGCUGGCUGAUGCACACGACGAGAUUCCUCAGACCGUGGAAGGAUUUGGACCCCGCGAGGUACGAGGGGGACUUCUCGAUGACCGCCGCAAUAUUUUAUCGUCCGAGGCGCGUGUCGAUUUUCCCAAUCUUCUCGAAGAAUUAGAACAGAAAGAAGAAGCGGAUCGUGGCGUACGUGAUUCCGACGGAUUGACGCAUACGCCUUCUCCAGAAGACGUCGAGCUAUUGGGUUUCAGUGAAGUUUCUCCGCUGUUGGAUGCAUCAGAGCUCGGAGAAGACAGUAGAGAGACAAGGGUGGUCGACGAGUCCGGUUGCCAAAAAUUUUGCCGUGAUGAUAUGCCAAAUAAGCUUGCUCACGAGGAUCCACAGCUGCUUUCUGCUCAGUCGAGAGAUUCAUGUUCAGAGAAGGAACAGUGUAUGAUCGAGCAGAUCGAAAUUCAUGGUUCUUCUUUGUCAUCUAUGGGCGGCUCUGGACUGAGGGAGUUCAGUGAGGAAAAAAACGCCUCCAGUCUAAGUGCGAUUGACGAGAACGAAAUGGAAGAAGGAGAAAUUCCUGGUGAAGUUGGGGUUUCCGACUCUUCCUCUGAUUUGGAGAGUCAUCUUGCUGCUGAUGAUGGGAUGCUUCCGGAGAACAGGGUUCCAGAGGAUUAUUACACCAAGACGGCCGAGAUAUCUCAUACACUGGGUGCCUUCAUGACUCAAGGAGCUUCUGCAAGUACUUAUCAUACUAAGGAGACGACGUGCAGCACCGCUUGUGAACCUAAUCAGUCAGCCAUCGGUGUGGCAGGGCUCAGCCCACAGAGAAAGAAAAAGAAUGGCAAAGCAUCAAAGGAAGAUACUGGGAAAAUCAAGAAAAAUUCGGGUCAACCGCUCAAUAUCAUGGUACACCCCGAAUCGUCAAAGCAGAUGAGUGGUGCUAUCACGAGGGUUUCUGUGUGUGAACAUACUAUUUCUAGUAGUUUUAGUUCAGCAGAAGUGUGUAUAAAGGACAGCGAAAUCCGAAGAGAGGAAAACGCAUCCGAGAUGAAGGUAAAACUUGUUUUUUUAUUGCGGUGGGCUUGCUUCUUUUCUGUUUCCUUGUUCAAUAGAUUAAUAUUCUUUCAUGACUCUUUGAGUAUAAUAGCCAUAAAGGUAGAAGAUCGCUAUGAACCGUUGAAGGAUCUCUGAAAACUUAACAUCUUGGAUUGCUGUCCUGCUUCAUUGAACUACGAUUUCCAAACCGCAGCAUGCUAUGCGUUGUGCUAGUUUUACUCUGAUGCACCGAUCACUAGUGAUCCAAAACUUUGAACUAAUUAUUAUAAUUGUGCAUUUUCCCCCUUUUAUAGGAUGCUAAAGUUCUGGAGAAGACAAAGAGAGGCCCUCUAACUGAGAGCAGGAAGGAGAAGAAAAAGGUCAACUGCCUGUUGUUAACAUGUUAUCAGCCCAGUUGUGUGAUGCCAAGAGCAGAAGCCUGCUCGUGGUUAUUAUACGGCUGAAUCAUGGCUAUUCAUUAGUUUUAAUCGUGUAUGGAUUUAUUAUUGGCUUAUAAUCGUUUUCCUGGCUAUAAUGAAAUCCCGCAGCUGGCCAAGAAACGGAAGAGGGCAGAGACGAAUAAGAAGCUGGGUGUCAAAAGAUUGAAGUUGGAGAUGCCGCCAAAGACUAGGAAAGUGAUGCUCUGCAGCUUCUACCAGAAAGGAAGAUGCCAGAAGGUGCUUCAGCUCCUUUGUAUUUCUUCCUCCUUUAUGGACGGUUGACGACAUUGUGGAUCCACUAAGUGUGAGGGAUAUAAUUAGGAAUUUGCACAUUUAUAUAAUCGGCUCUAUUGAAAAAAUACAUAGAGAUUUUUCCAUUACUGUAGUCCUCUUAAAAUUGAUGAGUAACUUCCUCACUGUAGAAAGCAACUUGGCCACUGUUUCAUCCUUGCAAAAUAUGCUCGUUCUGUCAAUUUACUAUUCUUAGAUUUGAUUUUUUUUUUUUUGUAUCUUGAAUUAUUGGGAAUUAUUUUGUGACACGCGAAUGCAAUUGGAUGGUUUUUAUUUCUACAAGUAAGUCCCCAUGUAUAAUGGAUAGGGUCUUAGCUCUUAUAGUUAGUCUGUUCAUAAUUUCUCACGACGGAUGAGGAUGAAUUUGACAUGAAUAUGAAUCAAAACCAGUAGGCCCCAAGUUUAUUUUUUGUUUUAAUUAAUCGGCGACUAAUCCACCCUUUUAUUUUUGUGAAAAAUGACCAAAAAAAUCAUUAGCUAUUAGUGUUUCUGUUGCGAUUAUCUUUUUCAUACCAGCCUGUUUUUGACAUAUUUCUCCUUCCUUCUCAGGGGGAUUUGUGCAAAUUUUCACACGACAUGAUUCCUGAUACAAAAAGCAUGGUAUGGUUAUCUUAGUCUCGAUGCAAAUGCUAAUAUUUCUUCCUCCAUCGACAUCAGUUUCAUGUGGUGCCAAUAUUAGGGUUCUUUGUAUAAUAUAACACCCUGUUUGCUCAGUGAAGAGCAUUUUAUCGUCUAUAACUUAACUCAACAGUGAACGAUCAGCCGCGCUCACCACCCUUUUCCCCCAGUCCAAGUUCAGCUAGCUUCGGAGGAGAAUUCAAAGAUCUGAUAAUAUUUUUAUGGUUGCUGCAUGCGUCACUCUAAUCAGAAACUUAGAAUGCCUUGCUUAAUCCUCGACCCAAUUGGAGAAGAAAAAUGUAAUCUUUUAGGUAAUUUACUGGGGCCGAUGGGCUUGCUCAAUGGAUAUUAUUGCUCACUUACCUAAGAUCAGCCUCAUCUGCCACACAAGGCCUUUUUUGAUACCUUACCUUAGAACCAUUGGGACGUCAGCCGUUGACUUUUACUAUGACUACCUCGCGAGGAAUCCUGAGAAUCAUUUCGGUAUGGAUACUGUGACUACUCAAUCGUUUUAUUUAUUCUCCGCAGCCCUGUACAUUUUUUGCGCGUGGAACCUGCUUGAAAGGAGACAACUGCCCAUUUGACCACGAGCUUUCGAAGUACCCUUGCCACAAUUACGCCUCUGAAGGGAGGUGCAACAGGGGAGAAAAUUGCCUCUUCUCCCACAAGGUAUCUACACCGAAUAUGGUUAAAACUCGGUUAUUCACAUUAUCCUUUUUUAGCAUAUUUUCUGAUGUAUGAUGGCAUGCUGAAUGGUUUCAGCUCCCCACUGGCGAGCUUCCUUCUGCAUCCGCUCCCGGAGAAACAGGAUCAGGUAUGCUGCAGAAGCAUCUGAAUUCGAGCAACUCAUCGCUGAAAGCUGCGAUUCCAGCUGCAAAGACUCCGAUCGAGCUGACAAAAUCGAAGCAGCCGGUGAGCCUGCCAAAGGGGGUGUGCUUUCUGUCUUUUGGUAAAGAGCCGUCGUCAGCUGGUGGAAGCAGGCAGCUUCAUGGCAGCAUCCAUGCGCAGAGACAUGAGGAGAGCCCACCUGAGAAGAGCCCUCUUCGUGCAGAAAAAAUCAGGUCAGAUGAAAGUCUCCGGUCAGAAGCAGCUGGGAAUGACGCCAGCAGAAUUCUGGAGGAGUUUCUGUUCAGUGGGAUCGCUUAG